AUGGAUAUCAUUAUCACCACGCCGUUUGAUAAAGAAGUUUAUGAAAUCGAAGAAAUUACUAACAAGAUAGUUUCUGUUGAAACUGUUAAGCAUACAAAAAAUAGUUUACAUAAGAAUCGAGAUAUACAAUGCCCCAAUAAAAAGAAACUUGUGUUACCAGGAGAAUGUGUUUUAGAUAUGAAUGAUAAAGAUCGAUUUUUAAAAGGAGGAGGUUUAUAUGAAGAAGAUGAUAUGUUUCAUGCAUGUAUUUUAGGAAGAGUAAAUUAUAUUAAUAAAUUAAUUUAUGUAGAACCUCUAAAAGGAAAGUAUACAGGUUCUGUUGGAGAUUUAUUAGUUGGAAAAAUUAAAGACAUUAGUAAUGAUAAAUGGAUUGUUGAAAUAGGUUCUUAUUGUAGAGCUUUUCUUUCUAUAUCUCAAACUAAUAUAAGUAUAUUUAGUCAAAGAAUUAGAUUAUAUAAUGAUGUUAUAAAUAUGAUACAUAUUUAUAAACCUGAUGAUGUUAUUGCAUGCGAAAUUCAAAGAAUAUCAACAGAUGGUACUAUUAUUCUACAUACCAGAUCAUCUAUUUAUGGUAAAUUAUCUAACGGUGUUCUAAUUAUUGUUCCACAAACUUUAAUACAUAAUCAGAAAAAACAUAUUUUUGUUUUUCCUUGUAAUGUUCAAAUCAUAUUAGGAAUGAAUGGUUAUAUAUGGAUCUCCUCUCCUAUCAAAAAAUCUAAAGAUACUAAUCCUAACAGUGUUGAUCAAAAUAUUGAAGAAAAUAAAUUUGAACACGUUGAUCAUACUACCAGAAAAAAUAUUUCUAUCAUUACUAAUAUUAUUAAAUUACUUGUCAAGUAUCAUAUCAAUAUUAAUUAUGAUACUAUUAAUAAAAUAUAUGUACACUAUACUUCAAAUACAAAUAAUACACCCUCAUAUAUUCUAAAGCCUUACGUCGCUGAUUCGUAUUUGUUUAAUUAUAUAGAUAAGUUUGCAAGGUCAAACCAAUCCUGGGGCCCUACCUCAACCGAAUAA